AUGGCGAGGAUGCUAACGAUGGUCUUAUGUGUAGUGGCGACUUGCAUGGUGGUGGCGGCACCUUAUGCAGAGGCUGAUAUUUCCUGUCGUCAGGUGAUAAAGAUCUUAUCUCCAUGCAUUGACUACCUAACAGAAGGUGGUGGUGUGUCAACGGUAUGUUGCAAUGGAGUUAGGGCACUCAAUAACGCUGCAAAUACAACCUGUGAUCGUCAGAUGGCUUGUCGCUGUUUAAAGAGCGCCUCUGCGGAAAAUUCCGGAAUCAAUCCUAUCAAUGCUGCUAGCCUCCCCCACAAGUGUCGUGUCAACAUCCCUUACAAGAUCAGUCGUAGCACUAAUUGCACCCAGGUGCAGUAG